CAUGCAAAGUGAAGAGAAGAAACUUUUUAUUAUUAGCUUUCCGAUACACUAAACAUUUCUCACAGAGCGAAAAAUAGAAGAAUUUCCCCGAAAAUCAUUUGCUCUUUUUUCUUCUGCGUCCUCUGCGAUCUCGGGAACUAGGGUUUCGGCGAUUUCGAGUUCUUCGUUUUGCUUCUUUGGAUUUCAAGAUCGCCUCCUCGCUCUCGUAGCAGAUUUUUAUGAAUUGAGACCAUGAAGCCAGGAUUGUCUUCUUUGAAUCCCUAUGCAGCAGCAUACAUUCCACUCUCCAAAAGGGAGACGGAUGAUAGAAUGUAUGUGACGACGAAAGAUUCUAGCCGCAGCAAUGAGGCAGUCUGGUUUGGGAUCCCACAGAAUAACUCCCAGAAUCAACAGCAUAGCAAAUCUUAUCUUGAACCUGAUGCCCCUGGUACUGCAAGACUCCCCAGUCCAAAGUCAUUUGCUGUAAAGAGCUACCCUGCACAUGGUUCUUAUGGUUCAUCUUCACAGAAUGUGAAUGAAGUGACAGCACAUGAAGAUUUUGAUAUGGCUUUGGAUUAUCUUGAGAUGACAUUUCCUGGUAUAUCUGAUCAGUCCCUAACUGAUGUUUAUUUGGCAAAUAAGGGUGACCUGGAUGCCACCAUUGACAUGCUGAACCAACUUGAGUUCUACACAGUUGAGUCUUCUGAAAGUCUUCCAGACACUUUGGACAUUGGAGAUGUUUCUGAAUCUGGGUUGCCAGGCAAUAGUGCAUGGAAACUGAAGAAUGUAGCAGGUGAAGCCAGCGGUUCACCCAAAUCGUAGCUCCUUUCGUCAUCUCCUGUUCGUUUUUUGUGGAAAACAAGAAAAAUGUCAGUUGUUUUACCUUGACAUGUUUGGUUUAUGGGCAACAAGUAUAUAAAUAGAGGAUCUUAUCUUGGGGUCAUGGACAUCAUGCACACAUAGUUGUUUGAUAAUGGUUGUAUAGCUUCUUAGAUGCUUGUUCUUAAUCUCUCAUUAACAUUUUUCUCGACACCUUCGGGUUUUAUGGGCCAAAAGCUCACAGUGCAAACGUCAUGCCGCUUUACGGUUUUCUGCAAUGAAAAUGAUGUGCUUCUGAA